GAGGAGAGUAAGAAGCAAGCCCUGGCUGCUAAGCGUGAGAAGCGUAAGGAGAAACGCAAGAAGAAGAAGGAAGAGCAGAAGAGGAAGCUGGAGGAGGAAGAGGUCAAAGUAAAGGAGGAGGACCUGGAGUUACAGGACCAGGACCAAGACUCCUCCGAGGGUGAGCACCUUUUUACCAGCUCAACCUUUACAGCCUCUAAUAGCGUAAUCCAGCUACUGAUAUCAGCAUUGAAUUGCUGUUUAAGAUGACCUUUUUACUAGAUAAACUAUAUCUGUCGCUGUCUGUCUGCGUGACUGAAGGGAUAUUGAAGUCACAAUUAAACAAGCUACACAUUUUAUUAUUUCCCAAUGAUGUUCUUAACUGAAAGAAGAAUAUACUGAACACAAAUAUAAACGCAACAUGCAACAAUUUCAACGAUUUUACUGAGUUUCAGUUCAUAUGAGGAAACCAGUCAAUUGAAAUAAAUUCAUUAGGCCCUAAUCAAUGGAAUUUCACAUGACUGGGAAUACAAAUAUGCGUCUGAUCACAGAUACCUUUAAAAAUAAUGGGCCUCAUGAUUUCGUCACAGGGUAUUUCUGUGCAUUCAAAUUGCCAUCAAUAAAAUACAAUUGUGUUCGUUGUCCGUAGCCCAUACCCUAACGCCACCAUGGGGCACUCUGUUCACAACGUUGACAUCAGCAAACUGCUUGCCCACACGCCAUACAUGUGGUCUGCGGUUGUGAGGCCGGUUGGACGUACUGCCAAAUUUUCUAAAACGACGUUGGAGGCGGUUUAUGGUAUAGAAAUGAACAUUCAGUUCUCUGGCAACAGCUCUGAUGGACAUUCCUGCAGCCAGCCUGCCAAUAUUUUAUUUCAGCUCAUGAAACAUGGUACCAACACUUUACAUGUUGCGUUUAUAUUUUUGUUCAGUGUAAAUCUCAACUGAGACAAAGCCAUCCAGCAUCUUUCUUAAGUGCGUUUAAAAAUAAUUUAAGUUAAUUUACAAUGGUUAAAUAAGGGUAAAUAACCUUUUCCUUCCUUGUCUCAUGGUCUAUGUAGACGGGGAUAUCCCCAUUGACCCUCCCAGCGCUACCACCACCACCACCAUUGGCAUCUCUGCCACCUCCAGCACCUUCACCAACGCCUUCGGCAAGAAACGAGCCAACGUGACGACCACGCCCAGCACCAACCGCAAGAACAAGAAGAACAAGACCAAGGACUCCCCCAGCGAGCCCAUCAUCCUGCAGGACCCCCAGGUGGCGCUGGCUCACCAGAAGGCUGACAAAAACAAGAUCCACGGGGAGCCCAGGGGUGGCGGGGUUCCGGGUGGAAGCGACUCGGACAACCUGGACAGCACCGACUGCAACAGCGAGAGCAGCAGCGGAGGAAAGAGCCUGGAACUCAACUACCUACCGGACCUGCCCUCUUCGUCUUCCUCAUCCUCCUGCUCUUCAUCGUCUGCUCCUUCGGUGGUGAGCCAGCAGCCCCAGCCGGUCCCUGAGAAGAGGCAGUGCACCUCGCUGCACAGCUCCCGAGAUGACAAGGUCACUGUGUCCAUCUCCAAACCACACCAGAAGUAAGUGGCUCAUCUUUUUUGCUCAACUGAUGUGUAUCCAAACUAAAAGUUGAAGCUUUUGUUAGUCCUUUAACUAGUAUACUGCUUUAGUGGUAAAAAUAGAAUAUUUGGUAGUUUGUGUUUUCUCUGGCUUUAGUGCAAAAUGUAGAAAAACACAUGCAGGAUUCUUCCAUCUGAAUUGUUUUAGGUACACCGCAGGGUUCUCUUAAGUUUAUUAGUCCGUAUUCUUUCUUCUCAGAAUCCAUGACUACGUAAACGACUUGACGCCCAGCUCCCUUCCCUCCUCGUUCAGAACCAUUUCAUUGCCAGUCACCUCGCCCAUCAGCAAGAUGAACCUCACCAGCCCCAAGAGGGGCCAGAAGAGAGAAGAAGGUUGGAAGGAGGUGGUGCGAAGGUGGGUUGGCUCACAGAAAUGUGCCUCAAAUCAAACAAUGGCUACUGCUGUUACUUUUACCCAUAAAGACAGUAGUAGGAGUACAGUAUGUCCCUGUUUAACAUCUCCCUAGCUUUAGUUUGGAAUUUACAGUCAACAGCCACUGGUAUCUACUACAUAGUUGUGUUAUGUAAAGCCAUAUGACACAUAUAUUAAUCGAAUUGCUUAUGUGUGUUUUGUCAGGUCUAAGAAGCUGUCGGUGCCUGCCUCUGUGGUGUCUCGGAUCAUGGGCAGAGGUGGCUGUAAUAUCACUGCCAUUCAGGAUGUGACCGGUGCUCACAUCGACGUAGACAAACAGAAGGACAAGAAUGGAGAGAGGAUGAUCACCAUCAGGUUAGACCAGCCCACUGUCUACUGCUUUCACAGAACAGUCUGUCAGUAUAUCAUUUCAUAUUAUAGUCAUUUUUACUGUCUUGACACUCACCUGCUUUUCUUCCUUUCCCUCUGGUCUUUCAGAGGUGGCACAGAGUCGACUCGACACGCCGUGCAGCUGAUCAGCUCCCUGAUCCAGGACCCAGCCAAGGAGCUGGAGGACCUGAUCCCCAGAAACCACAUCCGCGCCCCUGGCACCAGCACCAAGAUGGGCUCCACCUACACCACCUCCACAGGGGCCACCAACACUACGGCGGCCGGCUCCAAGGGCCUGUCAUCAGUGUUGCCGUCGUCCGCUGUGUCCUUCCAGUCGUCCUCAGUCUCUCAACAGGGAGGGAAGAUGGGGAAGAACCUGUCUCCCGGAGUGAGGCCCCCCUUCGUUUCACUUCCUCUGGCGUACGCCAACCCCCACCUGGCCCUGCUGGCCGCCCAGACCAUGCACCACAUCCGACACCCGCGCCUGCCUAUGGCACAGUUCGGUGGCACCUUCUCUCCGUCUCCCAACACCUGGGGCCCGUUCCCGGUGCGUCCCGUCAGCCCCGGCAGCACUAACAGCUCUCCCAAGCACAACGGGACCACUGCUCCCCGGUCCUUGCCUGCCUCCGCUGUCCAUCCAGAGUACACAGCCCCUGCCUCAAUAGCAGGCCAUGCAGCCACCGCCUCGCCCCCCAGCUCUGCACCCUCUGGCACCCCCAUGCCCUCCUCCGCCAGGAAGCAGCUCUUUUCUGGCGAACCAAAGACAGCCAGCAUGGCAGCGGUCACCUCGACCAUGAGUGGUGCGCCCGCUACGCAGGUGGCCGCAGCAUCUCACACCACUCCCUCUACCCCACCCUCCCCUGCUUCGUCCAUCGCCCCGCCUGCACUGCAGCUGCCGGUUUCCAAGCCAGAGCCUGCUGGCAGCGCCACGCCUGGUAAAGAGAAGUCCCCUCCAGACACAGCGGCACCUGUCCAAGGUGGAGCAUCUGAAGGCUCCAACUCCACCGUCUCCAUGCACUUCACAGCUCCCACAGCUCCACCACCACUGCCCUCCCAGCAGCCAGAUAGCCGACAGCAGCAGCUGCCCCUCCCCUUCUCCUCCAGCACAGAGCCCAGCCUCCCGGCCACCCAACCUCCCGGCUCCCUCCUGCCCACGUCUCGCUCUGCACCAGCAGGGGGCAGCACGGUCACACACACCAGCAGCACCUUACCUCACUACGCACCGCCUGCUCCCUCACGCAAGCAGCCCUCGGCCCAGUUCUACCCCAUGGCAGCUGGGGCAUCUCCACAGGAGCACCAGUCUGUAUUUGUACCCUCUGGAGCAUCCCAGGAGCAACAUCAGAAACAGCAGCAGCAGCAUGCCAACCAUGGCAUGGCACCCCCCUCCAUGCAGCAGCAGAUGUCCUCCAACAUGGGCAUGAUGAACGGCUCCCAGAUGCACAUCCACGGGGUCAAGGCCCAGCAGCUGCCCCCCAACUACGGCCCCACUGCCCUCUUCAACCAUUUCAGCAGCAUGUUCGACAGCAACCAGGUGGGCAACAACCAGGUGUGGGGAGCAUGUCACCUGCCUGCCCGGACCCCUCCUGAGCAGCCCUACACCGCUCCGCCGGCCUAUAUGGGGGGCAUGGGACAGAUGGAGAACGUGAUGCCCCCUCCUGAUGGCUCCAAGGCACCAGGGUACCGCUGUGACACCCAGAGGAUUGUCACCAGUCCCAUCGGUAAGCAACAAGGACCAUAGAGACUCCACCACACACAGAUAUAACUCCAUGUAGCCCAACUCCAAGACAAUACUUUUGUUCCAUAGAAACAAAAAAUCGACUGAUUCCACAAAGUAGUACUCAUCAUAUAUAUAUAUAUAUAUAUAUAUAUAUAUAUAUAUAUAUAUAUAUAUAUAUAUAUAUAUAUAUAUAUAUAUAUAUACACACACACACACACAGGAACUGCCAAAAUAAAGGAAACACUUACAUUAAAGUGUCUUAAUAGGGCGUUGGCCACCACUAGCCACCAGAACAGCUUCAAUGCGCCCUGGCAUAGAUUCUACAAGUGUCUGGAACUGUAUUGGAGGGAUGCGACACCAUUCUUCCACAAUAAAUUCCAUAAUUAGUUUUUUUGUUGAUGGUGGGGGAAAACACUGUCUCAGCCCCCGCUCUCCCAUUAGUCUUCAAUUGGGUUGAGAUCUGGUCACUGAGACGGCCAUGGCAUAAGGUUUACAUAGUUUUCAUGCUCAUAAAAACCAUUCAGUGACCACUUGUGCCCUGUGGAUGGGAGCAUUGUCAUCCUGGAAGAGACCACUCCCAUCAGGAUAGAAAUGAUUCACCAUAGGUUGAAGUUGAUCCCUCAGAAUGGCUGUGUAUUUAUUGGCAUUUACCUUGCCCUUUAAGCGGACCUAACCCAUGCAAGGAAAAUGCACCAUAAGAGCCGCCAGAACCCUAAUUUAGUUACUCAACUGCUUCCUUUAUUUUGGCAGUUACCUGUAUAUAGACAGACUAGUUCCGUUUAUUACAGUGGUUUGUGCCUACAUAAUUUAACCAGGUCAGUUGAACUCUUUGUUUCAGGAAUGCACCCAAUGGACCCGUCGGGAAACUCCAUCUCUUCGUCUGCUGCUCUGACCAGCUUUGCCACCAGUAUCUCUUGCAGUCCAGUGUACCUGCAGGGUCCAGCCCCGGUGGGCACGCCCUCCUUCAGCCGCCAGCACUUCUCCCCUCACCCCUGGAGCGCCUCCACCUCCUGUAAGAACACAACACAGGGAGAGGGAACUGGGCCGCUCCUUCAUAGAUGUACUGUGGUUCCCCUUUGUAAACAAAGUACAUUCGCUUCAAUGUCUACUGUCAUGGUGGGACACAGACACAGUCACUUGGAAAAGAAUGAAAGUAAAUGUAGCCAAAUAAAAUGAUUUAAUCUUAUUUUAUCCUAAGUAUUUGAAUAAUCUAGCAUUUGGAAAGUUAACAAGCCAAGCCUUUGCCCCUUCCUCAGGUGAGUCCCCAGUGCCCUCUGUGUCGUCUGGGGUCUCGUCUACCCUCUGUACGUCCAUGGUGACCCCAGCUCUGAUCCAGGCUAAGCCCAGCAGCAAUAGCCAGCAAGACCGCAAGGUGCCCCCUCCCAUUGGCACUGAGCGCCUGGCACGUAUCCGCCAGACGGGCUCCGUCAACCACGCCAUGCUCACCACCAGCUACACGCCGCCUGUCGGACAGGGGGGCAUCUGGUCCUUUGGAGUGGGCAGUGCUUCUGGUGAGUGUUCAGGGGAAAGGUGGAUGGGGUUAGUGUGCAAUGGAUAGUUGUAGAACUGAUAACUUAAAAGUGUUUUAAGAUGUUUAUUAUAAGGCUUUGAAAUAUAUUGUGAAUGUCUUCUGUGUAAAUGUUUUUAACAUGACUUUUAACUCUCACACGAUCCAAAAUCUCAGUCCUCCCCUCCUCUUACCCUCCACCUUCAGAGGCGAUGUCGGGCUGGUCUCAGCCACUGAUGGGCGGUCACGUGAUGCACCAGCAGAUGCAGGAGCAGAGUGCUUUCUCCCAGCACCAGGCCAUGGAGCGGGAUGACACUGGCAUCGUGAACCCCUCCAACACCUUCAAUCAGCCCAUGCACACCAACUUUAUGGACUUCCCAAAGGUAACGGACAACGCUAAAUAGUUGAUGCAAAGAUCUCCUGGUCCAAGUGAUCCAAUGACAUCUAUCACAAAAACAAAAUGUUUACCUCUUCUCUCUCAUUGUCCUUUCGAGGGUUUGCCAAUGUCAAUGUAUGGCGGGACGAUGAUUCCUCCCCACCCUCCUAUGGGAGAGGCCCCCGGGGGCCCCGUGUACAACGGGCUCCAUAACGCUGACCCAGCCUGGAACCCUGUCUUGAAGGUGGUCUCCAACUCUGCAGAUAACUCAGACCCACAGCAGGUAAGCACUCCCAUAAACAUUCUUCACUUAUUUUCACCAUUACUCAUUCCUCACUGUUGUGGUUUUAUAGCUAAGUGAUGAAAACGUGUCGUUUCAGAUCUGGCCUUGGACUUGGGCCCCGCACGUUGGGAAUGUGCACCUGAAUCAUGUCAACUAAACACGUGCGGCCAUCAAAGCAUAGGACCAGUAACAAGACGCAUACACGUUUAAGAGAACCAGAUAAUUACAUAAUAUUCAACGAUAUUAACCUAGGGAGUGUCCAGAAAGGAGGAAUUGGAUGGUUGGACACCAUUUUGAUGUGCCUAACUAAAAAGACUGUGUGGGCUGUAACGUGUUUACCAAUGUCUAUGAACAAACCGAUUUGCCUGUUCAACAGGAUCCAUUCUCUGCGUAGUAUAGCCAUUAUUUUGACUUUAAAAGCCCCACAUGAAUUAUUCUUGGUCUGCAGGGCUCUACAGGACUGUACGCUAUUUAUACUCAGCCCAAUAACUAAGUGAAAACAUAGAGAUAAAUCAGACCUUUUAG